CGCACUUACCGGAAAGCGUCCUAUUUUCAAUAAAUGAUGUUGUUCGGCUUAUGUGGGACGAUGGACUGACCUGUUUCUAAAAAUCAUAGUCAACACUCAGAACGUUAAGGAAACCAUAUAUUUUUUAAAUAGACAAAAUGGCUAUGAGAAAUUUGGUGGAGGGGGAAUGUGGUGGAUCAAAUUCACUGAUGAAAUUGACGUCACAUUUCACACAAGAUAGAGGAUUACGACAGGAAAACUUCAGUCAUGGACGAGUCCAACAUCCACAGCAAAUGCCUGGUAGACCAAUAGGACAGUCAACAGAAAAUGAGUUAGUUGAUGAGUUUCUGUCUAGUCAGAGAAUUACAAUGGCUCCACAGACAUUCCACAUGGGUGGAUUACUUCAGGAAAUGAGAGAAAUAGAGGAAGCGGAAUUCAAAUACACACCUGAAAGAGCUCCAGCAAUUGCAGAACUUGCAUCAUCAGACUCAUGGGCUCAGGAAUUUCUCACAAAAGAAGCUGACAGUCCUUCAGAGAAAUGGUCCAGUGAUUAUUUAUCAGAAAACCCCACUCAAACUUUAGCUCCUACUAACCUUAAAUGGGCAGAGGAAUACUUGGAUCACACAGAAGCACACACUAGACCAUGGGAAGAAGAAUUUAAAGAAUUGGAUGACACAAAAUGGUUGGAUGAAUUUUCGUCAGAAAGGGAACAAAAUAAAGAUUUAUCAGAUACAGCCAAAGAAUUGUUAGGAUCCGUUAACGAUCCUAAGUUUAGUAAUUCUGAAUUUAUGAAGUUUGUGAAGCGGAUAGGGGAUGGAGAAAUUACAAUAGAGAAUAAUGAUGUUAUAGAAUUGUCCCAACAAGACAAGGCUGAAGAUUGGGCUCAGGAGUUUUCUGUAAAUCAGGCUGGUAAAUCAUUAGUUGAUCAGUGGGAAGAUGAGUAUGCUGAGAUGACAGGGAACCAGGAUGUAACAGAUGAAAACUUCUGGGAAAAGUUACAAAAACACUGGGAGGAUGUUGACAAAACUACAAAUGAUGGUCAUCCAUGGCUAACAGAAUUUGAACAAACAGAUCCAUAUAAAACAAUGAAUGGAAAGGAAUAUAAAUUUGAAGAAGAGAAUCCAUUGAUAGAUCAUGAGAAUCCAUUCCAAGCAGGUUUAGAUAAGUUACAGGAAGGAGAUAUACCUAAUGCUGUGUUAUUGUUUGAAGCUGCUGUCCAGAAAAAUGAACAACAUGCUGAGGCUUGGCAGUAUUUAGGUACAACACAGGCAGAAAAUGAACAAGAACCUGCUGCAAUAGCUGCUCUUAAAAAAUGUUUGGAAUUGAACAGUUCAAAUUUAACAGCACUAAUGUCUUUAGCAGUUAGUUAUACAAAUGAAUCAUUAGCUGGACAUGCAUGUCAGACACUGAAAUUGUGGUUAAAAAAUAAUCCUAAAUAUUCACACAUGGUACCAGGUGAAAUAGCUCCAACACUAGCUCCUUCCUCAUUUGUUUCCAGUUCUGACCACACAGAGGUCCAAGGUCUAUUUAUAGAAGCUGCCAGAAUGUCUCCUCAAGAGAUUGAUGCAGAUGUACAGAAUGGACUUGGUGUUUUGUUUAAUCUGAGCGGGGAGUAUGACAAGGCUGUAGAUUGUUUUAGUGCAGCUUUACAAGUCAGACCUAAUGAUGCCUUGUUAUGGAAUAAAUUAGGUGCUACUUUGGCCAAUGGAAACAGAAGUGAUGAAGCUGUUGAGGCCUACCAUCAUGCAUUACACAUAUCGCCAGGUUUUAUCCGGUCACGAUAUAAUCUGGGAAUAGCAUGUAUAAAUCUGGGAGCUCACAAGGAAGCAGUUGAACAUUUUUUAACAGCUUUAAAUAUGCAGAGAAAGAGUCAUGGAUUGAAGGACCCUCAGUUAGUUAUGUCCAAAAAUAUUUGGGGAACAUUGAGAAUGGCCGUUUCACUUAUGGGACGACCUGAUUUAUAUGAAGUUUGUGAUAGAAACGAUUUAGACAGUUUAAACAGAGAAUUUAGUAUGGAAUCCUGAUAUCAACUAAAUAAGGGGGAAUAUUAUACUACUCAGGAAAACAUGGAUAACUUACCGGGAGUUUUGAAUUUGAUAUUCAAAUAGAUCCAGAAAAGUCAGAUUUAUAAUGAAAAAUAGGUCACAGUGACCUUCUUCACUUUGGCAUUUGAUAUGCUACAUAGAAAGGAAUAUCAUCUUUCAAGAAACAUUGCAAGCUUGUGAUAUUAUAGUAUAUUUUAUUUAUUUCUAAGUUUCUAUGUUAUUGGCCAUAUGUGAGUGAAGAAAGUGAGUGUUGUAAUUCUAUCAUUAGGCAAUACCAUAAUAACAAAGUUUGGUAUUUUCAGUAGAAGAUAAGCUUUGCUAAAAGGAACGAAUCUAUUGCUUGUCUUCCAUUGCAACACAAACAUAUUUAGAAAAACCGGAAGUUAUGAUAUGAUUGCCAAUGAGACAACUCUCCACAAGAGACCAGAAAACAGGAAGUUGUGGUAUGAUUGCCAAGGAGACAACUCUCCACAAGAGACCAGAAAAAAGGAAGUUGUGGUAUGAUUGCCAAGGAGACAACUCUCCACAAGAGACAAAAUUUCACAAAAAUUUAACAAUUAUUAACAACUAUAGGUUAACAGUAUGGCCUUCAACAAUGAGGAAAAAACCCAUACUGCAAAGUCAGAUAUAAAAGCCCCAGAAAUGAAAAUGUAACACAGUUCAGACUAGAAAACUUACGGCCUGAUUUAUUUACAAAAAAUAGGAUAUACGGCAAUGAACAUCAACUAAUGAAUUACGGCCCCUGAAUGGCCUAUUUUCACUUCAAGAUUUGACAUUUUGCUUGUAUGUUCUUACACUUUUAAUAUUUGGGUAUUGAUAUUUUCUGAUGGAUUCAACUGAUGUAACUUUUUAAAAUGAAUUACUGUCUUUUCACUCUAUUUACUUUGCUUUCUAUAUCAAUUUUGUUUCAUUAAAGUUUUAUGGCACUAAUUGUAGAUGAGAUAAUAAACAAUACAACUUUGUGAAUGCAAUUGGUCGAAAGCUGACAUUAGAUCUUCCAUUUACUUGAUUCAAUAAUUUCUGUAGAUUCUGAGAUUCUUUAAAGGGGCAUUAGCUACGAUGAAGUUUUAAAUUAAAGUGAUAUGAUAUUGAUGUAGUCAUUAAUAUGCGUUACAAACUUACUGUGUGUAAGAUAUCAUAUGUAUAAUUAUUUGUAGUUUUUCUGGUAUUUAAAAAAAUAAAGUACCAUUUAUUAAUGUAUUGGAAAACAAUAAUUCAGUACUCAAACCUGAAAGUGAGAUAUCAAAUGGCUGUUAUGUUUGCAAGUAAAACUUCGGUAAAUUUUUACCACAUGUUUAUGAAAUUUCUGCAUUUCAUUAUUCAAUUUAAUGCAUUGUGCAAGGCUUUAAACAUGAACAUUGAAACAUGAUGAAUAUUUAAUUGUUCAUUUAAGGCCUUUUAAAAGAAGAACAAAAUUUGACAUGAAAAUUACUAAGGGCUGUUCCAGAAAAGACUAUGUCCCCCCCAGGGACGGCACUUUUUUUUAACCCCCACCACCCACAGAAAUAAAUUAAAAAAUAAUUAGAACAGCACUCCCUUUGCAUUUGGUAUUUCAAAAACAACCACCCACAUAAUAUUAAAAAAAAUUGCCUUCCCUGGGGGGACAUAGUAUUUUCUGGAACAGCCCUAAUACUGUGAAAGUACUUUAAUUUCUGGGUAUCAAUUUUCGUGCUUUGAGCAAUAUUUACAUGUUCGUGGGUUUUUAAAUUCGUGGAUUUCUAAAAAAAAAUUAAAUAAAGCCUUAGAAACGGAGGUUCCAAAUAGUCUGGAUUGAAGGCAAUUGCAAACUCAUUGACCCGUGUAAAUCGUAGUGAUAACACUAAUUGAUCCAUGAUAAAGAGGGCCGAUAAAGUGAUCAACAGAUUAAAGACCAUCAAAUGUGUUAAUUAGGCCAUAAAAAUGUCACCUAAAGAAAACAGAAACAUAAACCAAUGCUAUAAGGGUAUCUUGAAUUGUCAAAUAAUUCUUAUCAAAAUCAAGUCCAGCAUGAAAUUAUUAUUUCCCAUAUGUACGAGAACUAUGAGGAUAUAAAAUGAACACUUUAUCAAUUAGCACAUUAAUACCCAAAAUCUGUCUUUUAUCGAUCAAAAAUAUUUAAAUGAGAAUAAAAAAAUCAAAAGUUGUACAGUUAAGGUUGUUAAAGAUUAAAUGAGUAUCAUCCUGCAUGCAGUUGUAGUUCUGUGUCUGCUAUUAAAGUAUUCUCAGAUUUGGCGUAAAUCAAUAUAUGAGGAUCUUUUCAUGUCCUUAUUUGGAAAUGGUUUUUUUUAUUUCGUUGGACACUUAUUUUUGUGGAUAAAGUCAUCCACGAAAAUUGGUACCCCACGAAUAAAAGUACUUUCACAGUAACUUGAUUUACGUUAUAAUAAUGAUGUGAAACAAACGAAAAGAAAAAAAAUCUUAAAAAAUGACUAAGUGUGUAUUGUAUCAUUUCAUGUAAAACUGCAAUUUAGUGCUUUAAAACUGUAAUGAAGCUAUAUUAAUUGUUAUCGCUAUUUUGUGCAUUUUUCCUUUGAUCUUUUUUUGUGAUAAUUUUCAUAUUAUCGCUAAAAAAGCAUGCACGUGGCGUUAAUUGCUAAUGAAAUUGACAUAAAAUUGACAACGUCGUCAUAGGUAAAAUAGCGAUAAAAAGAUUAUCAUUGUUCAUUUCAACUCGAUUGACUUUCUCGCUUUCGCCGUCCUGGCUCAAGCAAGAAAAUCAAUCUCGUUGAGAUGAUCACCGAAAAUCUAUAAAUAUCAUGUAAUAAAGCCUGAACAGACAGAAAUUUAAGCAAAUGUAUUAUCACAGCAUGUAAAAUGGCAAUUGUAUACUUGCGGUUGUAUAAUGAUCAAUUUGUGACAUGAAAUUUUAAUGAAGUUUAAUUGAUAUCUUCUAAAUUUUGUAUGUUCUUGAAAAAUCUUUGUUACCUAAAUGAGUUAAAACCUUGGUGUGCAAUUAAUGUUGACAGCUUAAACAUCUAUGAUUGAUAUGUUAUUAAUAUUCUUUUUAUGGUUGUUAAAUUACUGUAAAUUCAGAAACUAUCAAGUGCAUUUAAUUUAUUAUUGCAAGUUUGUCAUUUUUGACUAUAAUGCUAUUUUAAUUUUUGCGAUAUUGAGAAAAAUCCUAUUUAAUUCAUAUACAAAAUUUCAAAUGGCAAGUUUAAAUUAUUGUGAUUAUAACUCUAUCUCAUUUUUAUACGACCGCAAAUUUU